AUGAUGAUGAUGCUGAGACUGUGGAGAUGAGUGGUAUUAAUAGGAGGGCUUGAGUGUCACAGGCUUUCCACUGUCGAGGGGGUUUGAGUGGAGAGUCGGUGGUCCGGGUUUGGGGGGGCUUCAAGAUCCAGACUGCGCAGUAGGAAUAAUAAUUUGAAGGGGGGGAAAAAAAGAUUAAAAACAGUUGCUCAGUGUUUAUCAGACAGGCAAUAUGGAAGUGCUGGCAGCUCUUAAUUUGGGCGAUUUUGCCCAAGUUUUCUCCAAAAUGGGAAUGUUUCCCGUGUUUGAUCUCUCUUACUACAUCGUGUCCAUCCUCUACCUCAAGUAUGAGCCAGGCUCGGUGGAGGUUUCUCGCAGGAGUCCGGUGGCAUCCUGGCUCUGUGCCAUGCUCUACUGCUUUGGUAGUUACAUCCUGGCAGACAUCAUGCUUGGAAGCAGCCCCCUCGACUAUUUCCAAUACAACAGCCACAUCCUGCUGGCUUCAGCUGUCUGGUACCUCAUCUUUUACUGCCCACUGAACCUCUUCUAUAAAUGCGUGGCUUUCCUGCCCAUCAAGCUGGUGUUGGUCGCCUUGAAGGAAGUCGUCCGCACUCGUAAGAUCGCCGCUGGUGUUCACCACGCCCACCACGCCUACCACCAUGGCUUCUUCAUCAUGGUCAUCAUCGGAUACGUCAAAGGGUCUGGGGUGGCUCUCAUUUCCAAUUUUGAGCAGCUGCUGCGCGGUGUGUGGAGGCCCGACACCAACGAGAUCCUCAACAUGUCAUUCCCGACCAAAGCCAGUCUGUACGGAGCCAUCCUCUUCACCCUGCAGGAGGCUCACUGGCUGCCAGUGUCCAAGAGCACCCUCAUCCUUGUCUUCACCCUCUUUAUGGCCACAAGCAAGGUGGUGAUGACCGCCCGACACUCUCACGGCUCCCCCUUCGCUCUCAUUGAGUCCUGGGUUUGCUAUCUGCUGUUCGGUUCCCCUCUGGGUGGAUCUGAGGAAGACCACCAUCACGCCCCCGCUGCCGUUCCAUCUUCACCUCUCAAAACCAAGGAAGAGCUGAGCGAAGGUGCCCGCAAGAGGAAGGCCAAGAAAGCCGAGUAGGACGCCGAGCUGAAAACUGCAUCAUGGCCUCCACAUGAUGGGACCUCCCAUUCCUUUCUAUGGGAAAGGGGCAGUUUGAUGCUCAACCAAAUGAGACCCUUUCUAUUAGAGCAAAAUGGUGCUUUCUGCGUUUUACACAGAACGAGGACUCCUUAAAUACCACAGCAAAUGUUUCACACUUUAACCGAACCUGGACAUUUUAAAACAUAUUUAUUUGUGCGUUUGUGAACAUCUGCAUCGGUGCUCGACACUGUGUGGUGAUCCACGUUUAGCAGCUGCGCGGUCGUUUUAGAAUGGCCUCUGUUCAACACAUCAGUAGCUGUGUUUACAGAUGUUUAGGAUUUUCUUUAAGUCCACCAAACCGUAUUUCAGUUCAGAAAGAAAUAGAAAAUACAAUUAAUCUGAGUCUCAAUCAGAAAUUAAAAUGUGAGACGAGUGUCAUUUGAAAGAACAUUUCUGCUUUCUACAUUGAGAUGAUUACAACUUCCUGUCUUUAAAUAAAAUCAGGAGAAACAUU